CGUAUUUAUGUACACAGACGUAUGCAUGUGAAGUAUUGCUUAAUUCCUUCCUGAUGCACCAAAUUCGAUGGUGAGCUAUAAAUAAAAUAUAUACUCACAUUUGCAUCCAGACAACAUAUAAAUAUUGCUGUUCAUUUGUCCAUCCACAUAACUGAAAAUCAAGGACAAGUUUAAACCGGGCUUAACUUUUUUCUCUUAUCAACCAUUGGAGGAAUAUCUUUUUGACCAGCUAGAGUGAAGCUGAAUAUAGUUUUGGACGCAGAAAACACUGACGCAAAGUUCGAAGAGCUAGUUAUUAAAAAUUAAAAUCGACAAAGUGCCUGAAGAAUCUGUUUUAAAUCCUAAAGAAGCGAUAUUUCUGCCGAUGGAACUUUCUGGUGUACUCCUCCGAUUUAACAUCCUCAUUGUUGCUGUCCUCAUACUUGGCGAUAGUAACUCCGUUGACGCGAGGUCCCUGGGUCGGCGACGUGCUCACGAGCCGGACAAGUCCCUUUGGUGGUACUGGCCCUGCCAUGGCACAGCGCCUGUAGCCGGAGGCCCGGAACUUCCGAAGGUCCACCGAGAGUUGCACCUUCUUCGCGAUGAAGUAAUCGAACAUUCCAAGCAGACACGGGCACACGCUCUUGAACUGCAGAAAAUGAUUAAAUCCGAGCAUUUCUCUUGGUAUUCGAACGAAACAAUCACCUAUUUUGCUCAAAAUGCUGUUCCCGAAAGUCUUAUGAAGUGUAACCACCUAGCCGCAAUGGACGUGUAUACGAGUCUCCAAAAGUGGGGAGAGACCAGCCUCGAUGCAUACAAAACAUAUCAGCUUCCCUUGUUGAGCGAAGCGUACGAUUGCCUCAGCAGUUAUGCCAUUCACGUCCAUCACAUGGAUAAGACGUUUUCAGCAGAUCCAUUAAUGCCCCUCAGCGAAAAAUUGAAAGAGAAAUCGGUGACAUCCAAGCACAUUUUGAAACAAACACUCGAGAUCCUGUGCAAUCUAAAAGAGUUCAUCUAUGGUACCAGUGCCGAGAGACAGCUUCGCUGGGAACUGCUCACUUUCCCCCGGGGUGAUUUCAAAGGACAGGCAGAUAUUUCGAUACCUGAAGGAAAGACAGAGAGAUAUCUGAUGGAAUGGAAAGUGAUAAGUUUGCUUGAAAAGUACAUGUUGGGGCUAAGUAAGGGGGGUGUUUAGGUUUCAAACAACAAAUUUAGAGCACUUUAAGGUGGGGACUGAGGCGGAUCCUAAUUAAUGUCAUGCUUCUACAUGUAAGGCGACAUCAAUUUUUAGUCAAAUUGGUUUUAAGGUAAUUAAGUCACUAAACUCUUGUGCUGUGGAGGAUCUGCAGUUAAGUGAGGAAAAAGAGAGAGGGGGAUAGAAAAAAGAAAGUGGAUUUUCCCGUGGCUCUUCCGGGUCUCUUUUUAUUGUUAAUGGUUGGUGAUGAAACAUAAGACUCUGUUCUGGUGAUGAAAUUCUAGACAAAUUUUUAACAAAUUUUGUUUCACAAUACUCUAGUCAACUGUGUACUUGAAUAUCAAGAUAUUUAUCCGUUGUUGUGUUUGCGAGACUUGUGUCAUGGAAGUAGGUUGCAGACCUACUGAAUACUUUUUCAGUAUUAAUUUUAUUUCUAUUAUUUUUUAUUUGUAUUAUUUCUGUUUUUUAUCAUUGUGAGAUUAUUGUCAUUUUGUUGCAAUCAUUUAAAAACGGGUAUUAACCUUACGUAUUGUUUUAAUGUACUUUUUCUUUUAUAAUUUUCCUGUGGGUGAAAGUUUGUGAGAUACAGAACUAAAAAAUUCAAUAACAUAUCAAGUCAAAUAUUAACCGAUGUCCAGCAAAAACGUUUUUGAUAAAAAAAGAUCCAAUUUAAAAGUCAAAAGUAUAAGCAUCUUCAAAGGCGAAUUCGUGUUGUAUGACUCUGGGCCGCAAGAUUUGUGAUUGAAUUUUUUUUUCAAAUUUAAAUCACUGGUAUCCGUUUAGUGUAGUUUCAAAGUUAUUAACAGCAUUGGUGAAAGAUAUAAUUACAAAAGAGAUGUAUUACAAAUACAUAUAAAAGUGUAGAAACAUUUUAAACGUAUUUUAUCUUAAUUAAUCUAAGUAUACAUUACAAUGACAAAUCUUUAUUUAUUGUACACUGUUGUCAGUGAUGUUGUAUAUUGGUGCAUGUUUCGAAAAAAUUAAUUUAUUGGGGGAAAUAUCUCUCCUUUCAAUCUUUAAAAAUAUUUUCUGGUGUCAAGGGUCUUCUUUUCUGUUAAAGGCAACUGCAACUGUGAAAUAACAUGAAACGCUUUCAAAUAUGGCUAUGGCUCUAUCUGGACACACUAGUUCAAAUGCACAAGUUGGUGUUCAGCUGAGCAUAUUAAAUUUACUAACUGUAAACUUGAUGUAUAAAACUGACCUGCACCGUAAGCUGACGCAUAGGACAGUGCUUACACAGCAGGAUAUGUAAUUUUUGAAAUGACAGGUUAAUCCCCUAUGGAACUAUCGUUCAUUGAUCAAGGUAUCCUCAUUGCACAAACAUAAUCCAGUGUAUCCGCCCACUCCCACUUCUACCAUUAUACUAUAUGAAUGAAAUAAAUCUGUCUGACUUUCCUUGUGCUUCAUGCCUUACACACCAUGCAUGCUUGUUCUUUCCAGAUCAUGCACACAUUCUAUUUACUUAUAUUAAUUUUCCCCAGGGAGUGCCGCGACUCUACCCUCCACCGUCGUAUUGUAUGCCCAAAAGAAUUUCCAUUUUAAACCGUCCGUCUCUUGCACUCGUUAAAAUCCCGUUUAUUUACCCGUUUUUUUCCCCAAAAAUGCAUUAAAAACACUGAUCUGGACAUAGUGGUAACAUAAAUCGAUAAUGAUACUUGAAACAUUCAAGUAGAUUAGUUAAGGUAAGAAGAAAUACGAUACUUCCGUUAUGCCAAAACACAUGUAUCCGCCUACUUGAAAUUUCAAUA